CAUGCCUGAUAACUGCUGCUCAAGCGAUCACCAGCCUUUUACACUAGAACCGUCUCAUGCGGAAGUAGGACUGAACAUUUGCAGAUCGGUGGCUCCUGUUCCUGUGUCCCCCCCCCCUUAAGAUUUUCUACUCAUUAGUGAAGCCUGCAAGAACAACCAUUUGAUUUGGCAGCAUGAAGCCUGUUAUUGUGGUUCAUGGUGGAGCUGGCCGCAUCUUUAAAGAUCGGGAAGAAGGAGCUCGUUCAGGUGUUACCAGAGCAGCACUGAAAGGUUACAGUAUCCUUAAACAAGGAGGCAAUGCAUUAGAUGCAGUUGAAGAAGCAGUGACAUCAAUGGAAGAUGAUCCACAUUUUAAUGCAGGCUGUGGAUCUGUUUUAAAUGAGAAGGGUGAAGUAGAAAUGGAUGCCAUUAUCAUGGAUGGAAAAAAUCUAGCCUCAGGAGCAGUAUCUGCAGUUAAAUGUAUAGCUAACCCAAUAAAGCUUGCUCGUCUUGUCAUGGAAAAGACAGAGCACAUGUUGCUGACUGACCAUGGGGCAAACCUUUUUGCCAAAGCCAUGGGUGUUCCUGAGAUUCCAGGGGAGAAACUUAUAACACAAAGAUCCAGAGAGAGAUGGAACAAGAACCUUGAGCCAGAUUCUAACCCUCAGGAGUUUAAAAAAGACCCUGGAACAGUUGGUGCCGUUGCUAUAGACAAUGAAGGAAACGUAGCUUGUGCAACAUCCACUGGGGGACUCGCUAAUAAACUGGUUGGCCGAGUCGGUGAUUCAGCGUGCAUAGGAAGUGGAGGCUAUGCUGAUAACCAUGUUGGUGCCAUCUCUACCACAGGACAUGGAGAAAGCAUGAUGAAAGUGGUCCUAGCCCGACUUAUUCUCUAUCACAUGGAACAAGGAAUGUCACCGGUGGAGGCUGCUGACACUGCAUUGAAUUAUAUGAAAACAAGAGUGGGUGGAUUAGGAGGUGUCAUAGUUGUCAGCAAUUCAGGGGAUUGGGCAGCAAGGUUCUCCACCAAGCAGAUGUCUUGGGCUACAGUGAAGGAUGACCAGUUGCAGUAUGGCAUUUACACAGGGGAGAUACAUACGAGCUCUGUUGCAGAAGCACUUGAAUCCAAGUAAUUCUGAGGAUGAAGAAAAGUGGAUAGUACAGCAGGAGAAAAAUCUCAGUCUUCAUGGGGAGCAGUGAAAAUUGAUGUUAUCUUUCUGAAAAGAUUUACCUUCUAUUAAAUAUUCCCAGAAUCAGGGCCGGCUCUAGACCC